AUGUCUCAAGUUCAGACCAAGAAGUUCCAGAAGGGUGAGCGGACCAUCACACCCGCCGACCAAAAGGCCAGCAGAUACUACCCGGCCGAGGAUGAGUCUGCACCACGCAAGACCCGCAAGACUCUCCACCCAUACAAGCCCCGCGCAUCCCUCACACCCGGUACUGUUUUGAUCCUCCUCGCUGGCCGCUUCCGGGGCAAGCGUGUGGUCCUCCUCAAGGUCCUUGACCAGGGUGUUCUCCUCGUAACUGGCCCAUUCAAGGUCAACGGUGUCCCUCUUCGCCGCGUCAACGCCCGCUACGUUAUUGCCACCAAGACCUCCAUCCCAAUCGAGGGCAUCGACUCCGAGACCAUCUCCAAGGUCAGCGGCGAGAAGUACUUCGCUCGCGACAAGAAGGCCGACAAGAAGGGCUCCGAGGAGGCUUUCUUCAAGCAGGGCGAGGCACCAGCGAAGAAGGAGGUCGCUACCGAGCGCGCAGAGGACCAGAAGAAGGUUGACAAGGCCCUUUUGWCCGCAAUCAAGAAGGAGCCUCUGCUCCAGGGAUACCUCAGCACCAACUUCAGCUUGAGGAAGGGUGACCGGCCGCACGAGAUGGUCUUCUAG